UACGACCUUUCUGCGGUACCGGUGUUGGGAUCGGUAAUCAAACAAAUAUCGUUUAUAAAGUUUUGAAUACAAUAAUAUUCUCUUGUUAAGUGAGAGUGCAAAAAUAAAAACAAAAAAUAUUUGAAACUAGAAAUAAGGAUAAAAAUAUAUAUAUUUUUUAUGAGAAUAUUAAACUUAUCUAUGUAUUUUAAGUGCCAUUCAAAUAAGAUUUAAAAAUGUAAAAAUAUGUAUGUAUAUCUAAAAAAAAAUAUUAGUCUAAUCGCGAUCCAAUAAGAAUUGAAAGUAUAUAUAUAAAUUAAAUAUGUAACUAGUGAUAAUUUAAUAGUUUUAUAACAUGUUUACAAAAACAGUUAUUAUAAUUAUAAUUGUAAAAAUAAAUUUAUAAUGGUAUAUUGGAUUAUAAAAAGAAAUCGUGCAAUCUCGCCUGAAAUUAGACUAAGUAAUUUGUUAAAUCAUCCACAAAUAUUUUAAAUUUCUUUUAUAGAAAUAAAAAAACAAAUGAAUUAAAAAAAUCGAAAACAAAACAUAUUAUGAAAAUAACAUAAAAAAUAUCGCACUAAACCUCGACAACUAUAGAAUGAAUAAAUAACAAAACAAAUGCUAAACGUGUGAUACUUUGUUUAUUUACUUUUAUUUUAUUUUUUUGUAAAAUCAUGAAUAUUAUUGUGUUUUAUAAAGUGAAACCACUUGCUGCAUGUGCAAAUAAAUAAAAGAAACGAAAAAAAAAACAACAAAAGAAAUGAAAUUUGAAUUGAUUAAAUGCAAAAGAGAAAAAAUAAUUAAUGAAAUCCCAGCACUUUGUAAAUUUCUUGUUAUUUGAUAUCCCUCAUAAUAUCUCACCAAAAAAAAAAAAGAAAAAACAAACACAAAAAAAUUAAACUAUAAUUAAACAUUAAAAGAAAAUAAUAUCAUGAAUUGAAAAUUGUGAGAAUAUCGGGCUUAAUAAUUUUAAAUAAACAAAAUUUUUAAUCUCAAUUCCAUAUUGAUCAUUUAAAAGAAACAAAUAAGACAAUUUCAUCAGCACAUAACAAAUAGAAUCCUAAGACACCGAUCAAUCAGAUCAUAUUGGAUUAACUUCCUUUGAUAUUCAGAAAAAGCAGAAAUGGCUUCCAGCAACAAUAAUACCCACACAAAAACUAGCAGUAAAAGAAGAAGAAAAAGACACAAUCACAGACGAUUUACACUGCAACAACAGCAACCAUACCAAGAGCAACAAACAUCUUUGACGGCCAUUCCUUCUUCAAUAACAACAACAACAUUACCAUCAACACUCAACUCCUGCCUCUCCCACAACAACUCUUCAACAUCAUUAUCAUCAGUAUCGUCUUCGUCAUUAUUAUCCACAUUCUCUUCAUUCAAUUCAUAUUCAUGUCGAGAAUUUACAAAAACCACAGCGACUACAACAACUAUGAAAUGUUGUGAUACAACGUCGUUGUCGUCAUCGACAACGAUGACACGACGACAUCUUUCCACCACUGCCUUGUUAAGCUGGACAACGGCAUAUCGAAUAUUGACAAUCAGCCUGCUAAUUGGCAUUCUCAGUCCGUCGUCAGUGUUGUGCGUGGAUCCCAAAUUUGAUCCAUCGACGCGUAUGCGUCUUGUUUUAGUGCCAGCCGAUGCCCAGGUCGGCUCAGUCAUUUACAGAUUGCGUGCCACUGAUGAAGAGUUUGACUAUCCGUUAACCUUUGAGUUUGUGGGCGAUGCUUCAUCGUCGACGGUCAAGAUUGAAUCGCUUCCAUGCACAAAGUACAAUUCGGUGUGUCAGGCGAAUGUCGUAUUAUCACGUCGCCUGGAGCCCGGUCGCUAUUACGACUUCCAAGUAUCGGUGAAAGACACAAAGGGAGGCAUGGCCACUCAAUUGUGUUCAAUAACAGCCACAAAUUUUACAACUCCACACGACCUCAUCUUUCCUCACAAACCGGGUAUUAUUAUGAUACCAGAGGAUGCUAAACGUGGCACCGAAUUGGAUUAUGUGAUUGCACGUAAAAAUCCAUUAUUCCAGAAACCAGUCUACCUCGAACUAUGGGGUUCUCCCCUUUUUGCCAUAAGACAAAAAAUUGUUUCUCCUGAAACAACAGAAGGAACUAUAUUUUUAUUGGGACCAUUGGAUUUUGAGAAACAAGCCAUGUACCAUUUGACCAUAUUGGCAAAUGAUGCCUAUGCUGAACCUGGUCAAGAUAGUCGUAAUAUAGCUGGUAUGGAGAUUGUUGUUAUUGUACAAGAUGUUCAAGAUCAGCCGCCAGUAUUUACAUCGGCACCACCUGUAACUAAACUACCACCUGGUAUACUUCCUGGUGACAAGAUACUUCAAGUACAUGCUGAAGACGGCGACAAGGGUAGUCCACGUGAAGUACGUUACGGUCUUGUUUCAGAGGGAAAUCCAUUUACAUCAUUUUUUGACAUCAAUGAUACAAGUGGCGAAAUCUUUCUAAUGCGACCUCUGGAGGAUAUCGCUGCAAUCACGCAUGUGGGCGAUCCCGUCUUGCUCACAGUAAUUGCGGAAGAGGUUAAGGUUGGUCGUGACGAACCGCCAGCAAUGGCUUCCACCGUUCAAUUGGCAUUCUUUUUACCCGAACGUACCAAUUCGCCACCAUAUUUUGAGAACGAUCACUAUGUUUCACGAGUUGAUGAAAAUGCUCCUCAAGGGACGGCUCUUACAUUUGUUGAUCCGUAUGUGCCACGCGUCUAUGACGAUGAUACUGGUAAAAAUGGCGUAUUCUCGCUGACGUUACUGAACAAUAACGGAACAUUCGAGAUUUCGCCCAAUGUCGCCGAACGUAGUGCGUCAUUUUUAAUACGUGUACGUGAUAACAUACUUUUGGACUAUGAAGAACGCCAAACGGUUGAGUUUCAGAUUUUAGCUCAGGAACUGGGACCCGCAACUAAUCUCUCUGCCAUCGUGAAUGUUACCGUUUAUAUCAACGAUGUCAAUGACAAUCCUCCGGUCUUCACACAGCCAGUGUAUACGGUAGAACUACCGGAAAAUAUGACGGUCGGCACCAAGGUCGUUCAAGUUCAUGCUGAUGAUGUGGAUACGGGGAUGGGUGGUCGUGUUCGUUAUACCGCAAUACUGGGUUAUCUUAAUACCUCAUUGAAUUUAGAUGCCGAAACCGGGUUAAUAACUGUGUCCACAAAUAACCACGGCUUUGACCGUGAAGUUAUGCCCGAGUAUCAUUUAUAUGUUGAGGCGCGCGACAAUGAUGGUACCGGCAAUAGAGCUCAAGUGCCAUUAGUAAUUAAAAUGAUUGAUGUGAAUGACGAAACGCCGAUAUUUGAAAAAGACGUUUAUGAGUUUAUUUUGGCUCCAGAUUUAAAAAGUUUCACCACAACAGCCGUCAUACGUGCAGUAGAUAAGGAUGCCACUGCCCCCAACAAUGAAGUACGUUAUGAGCUCAUCAAUGGCAACUAUGACAAUAAUUUUGCUUUAGACAAAAUCACGGGUGAAUUAACCGUCCGAGAAAAAGUUAAUUUUCGUGCCAAAAAAGAGGUUUCCAUGAGAAACAGAAGGCAGACAAUGACAGCAUCGUCACCUUCGGCCGAAGAACAAAACAUUUUUAUACUUACGGCUCGUGCAUACGAUUUAGGCGUACCAGUUCGAUCAAGUACAACCACUAUACGUAUAUAUCCUCCAGAAAGUCGUACAAGAGUGGUUACCUUUGUAGUGCCCGGUUUGAAUCCAGAUAAAGCUAAAACCGAAGAGACAUUGUCCACUAUUACUGGUGGUAAAGUUAUCAUACACGAAAUUCGUGCAUUAAAACCCGAUGAACCAGGAGCACAAAAUAUUCCACCUUCGGGUAAUCCAGAUAUCAAGGACAGAAGUGUAGUUACAGCCACCGUACUUUAUGAUAGUUCAUCAGUUGUCGAUAUAUCACAAAUCCAACAGCGCCUCUCUCAACAUAAUAGUUCCUUUGCUAUUAUGACUGGUCGGGAAGCCAGCACGAGUGAAACGGAUGAUCUUACCCCAUUGCAGACUCUAUAUAAAGCUGAAAAUAAACUCUUAUUUUGGUUACUAAUACUACUUGCCACAUUAGUGGCCUUGACUAUACUGAUACUACUAUUGUGCUGUAUAUGUUCCUGGUGUCCUCUGUAUGGCGCUACUAGCAAAAGAAUAGUUAAUAUCAGUAGAACUGAAGACGAUGUUCAUCUAGUACAUAGGGAAAUGGCAAAUGGAAAACAAACAAAAUCUGUUCAGGUCGCCGAGUGGAUGGGAAGACGCGAGGCCUGGUCCGCGGACAAACCGACCGAUCCACGAACGAAGCCUACCCGUUGGGAGUUCCACAAUGGCCGCCAACAGUUUGACGAAAACCUAGGCGUAGUUCAUGUGACCGACGUAGGCGAAGCGAGAGCACAUUCUGAAGAAACUCGUCGCAUACGAUCGGCCGAGGAGCAUCAUCGAAGAGUUAAAAUAAAAAAUACCCGUACAGCCAAAGACGAUACUCAUCUUAGUUUUCAUAAUUCUAGAACUAAUCUUAUUAAUGAUCGUGAUGUCUACAUUGAAGACGUUAUCGAUGAACGCGAACUAGUUGAUGAAGAUAACGAGGAACAGGAACAAUUUCGCCGCAGUAAAGUUAAUCGCCAACAAAGAAAACGUUAUGACAGUGAAGAGAUGGCUCAAAGACAUCAAAUCGAUGAUGAUUCCAUGCGUCGCCAUGAAAUCGAUAGGGGAAGUGAUAUUGACUAUAAUACUGCUCGAAGCAGUCUUAAAAAUAAAAGGGAGUUUUUUAUUAAAGAUGGAAAUGUUGAAAUCUUGCAAUUAAUGACGCGAGACAAGAAUCGAGAUUUAGGAGCGAUUGGAGGAGCCACUGGUAUGGCAGAUGACGAUAACAUUUACGUUAACGUACCACUGAAGAGUACAAACCUCUCACACCCGCAGUUGUUAAUGGUUGAUAAUUGUGGAAAAGAGAUUCUCAUGCGCCGUUUUAUAGAAGAACAACCUGAUGGUAAACAAAUUAUACGUGAACAUUAUCAAAUUGUUCCAGGAGCGACCUACAUCCAAUCGAUGCCAAAUGAAAUACAACAAAACUCGACUCUAAAAGGUGAUACAUUUCCUUUGGGAAAAUCUGGUCCAAAUAGUAUUGUCUACUCCCAAACAGAGCCGGAGGUGAAAGUAAUUCAUACCCAACCAGCCCAGGGUGCAAUUAGUACUUUGCAAGUUGAUGGUUUUCCCAACCAGAUGCAGCCGGCGACGUCGAAUCAAUCAUUAACCCAAGAACUAGAGAAUUCUCUUAAGCAACAAAAUGAAUUGUUGCGACAAAUUCUAAUGGAAAAGGAAAAGAUAGAAACUCGUUAUGUUCAGCACGAAGUAGCGCUUGAAACGCAGAGCCUGCCCGGCCAAUCAAUGGCAAUAGCCACUCAAACCGAGUGUGAAGCUGGUACACAAACGGAGAUGGAUGAAGGCUUUUCACAUAGAACGUCAGUAAGUACGCAAGGGCGAACGGUAAGGCGAAGAGCACGAAGUGAAAAUGAUGAUUCUGGUUCUGAAGAAGAAAACUACGAGUACAUUCGACUUAGUUCUCCUAACAGCCCUGAAGGGGUUGUUUAUUGCAUAAAACGCCGUAAGCCACGAAGACGAGGAAAGUAUCGCAAUGGAAGUCAUCCGCGCAAACGAAUUGUCAUGGUGGAAGAAGUUAAACGAAAAAUUCGAACACCCAUCAAGGAAGAAGAUGACGAGGAAUACUAUAAAGCACGAAAACGUCCAACUCCAAAAAAGCCACCACGAAAUAAUGGCGAAACAAAAGCCAGUAUUUUGAGACGUCUUAAAACUGAAGAAAAGCAACAAAAAACCAAUUCAUCCCAUCAUAAAGAACCCUUAAAUCGUGACAUACUAAUGGAAAUAUCUGACUCCUUAGAUGAAACAUACGAUGCAAAAGACAACCAAAAACGAAGAAAAAUUCGCGUUGAGCAACUAGAAUACUACGAUGAACAAUCAGACGACGAGGAAUACCAGCAGCAACUCGAUGUUGACGCUGACUACUCCAACGACUCUGAUGCUGGCGAAAUAGUCAUAAAAAGCAACGCCUUCACACCAAGUAACCAACAUCGAAACAGAAGUGAUUCAAGAAGAAAUUCAUCGCAACAGCACCGUUUCGAAAUUCACGUCAGUGAUGGGGGUGGCAGUGGAACCAAUAUUGUUAAAACUAACAAUGGUUCCAAUUCACGAUCAUCUUCGGAACAUCGAGGUGAAGCUAUGCCUGAAGCCAAACCUCGUUUAUCGCGCAGCGACAGCUCCCGUGCCAGCAACGCCUCACAACGUAACGUAAAAAGGAAACAAACAGUCUCAGAACCUCCAAAAAGUCGAGUUUCCAUAACGAAAUAUCAAUCAAAUGGUGAAACUGGCACACAAAUCACUACUACGGAAAUUCACGAAAGUCGAGUUUCACAAAGCGAAACAGAUUUGUUGGAACGUGAUGAAGCUUCCUACGGAAGAGCUAGAGCGGGCAGUAUUCCCAAAUACAUGGAAUGGUACUAUGAUAAGAAAAAACCUUCGGUUAGUGGUCGAACCUCUACUGAAUCAUCAACUAAAGGAAGUCAGGCAGCUCGUAAGAAGCCCCCUAACUCCAAUGCUCCUGAAAAGAAAGUCUCAAAGACUCGACUUCAUAUUAAACAUGUAGAUGCAGCAACUGCAAACCAAGAUGAAACCAAAUUUAAACCUGAACCAGCGCCACGAAAAUCUCCUCCCAAAGGAAAUCGUUUACUUAAAGAAGACAUUGUUAAGAACAAACAGCUCAAACCUCGUAUUGAAACGGAGACCAACCACCCCUUAGUACAACAUUCAGAGCAUCGUUUUGAACGUGAAAAUAUUCCCGAUGUUCCCGUACCGCCGUCCAAACUGCCACACUAUAUCUACCCCGAAACACCACCAACCUUCUCAGGCAACAAAGAUGCUAAUGCAAAAGUCCCAAAACCGAAACCAUCCCCUAUCAAAGAAAACGAAGUGAAAGUUUCAAAAUCCUCCUCCUCAAAAAUUAAUCUAUACAUUGAGGAUCCUAAUGGCACACAUCCCACUACCUCACACAAUUCCUCCUCCACUUCUGUACAGAAACAACUUAAUGCUGCUACACUCGAGGACGAUCAUGAUUCAGGUAUUGCCAUGAAUUCCCUGCUCAACAGCAUGGGCCGUCGAAAUCCGAUUGCCGAAAAGAAAAGCGUUUUCUCCAUUGCUUAUGACGAUGUCAGCCGAGUUCAAAAAAUAACAUCAGGCGGCGAAUCUCCACCACAGUAUUAGAGCGAUAGCUGUCAUCUCUUCUAGCGGAUUAGACGUUAUAAAUGAACAUCAUUGUGAUAUACAUACACAUGUACUUCUACAUACACAUUCAUAAUUAACUAGAAAUUGUUUCUUUUGUUGGCAUUUACUAAGUACAUUCAAUAUACAUUACUAUACUUACAUAAAUACUUAUACAGAUACUUACUACUUAACUUACUUAAUUAUUUAGAUAUUUAUUUAUAAGCAAUCGUAUGUAAAUAAACAUAUUUUAGGUAUUUUAUUGUCAUGUUCAUGCAACUAGUUUCAAAGCACCGUUUUUGUAAAUAGAUGUAAAUUAUUUAGAAUUAUUAAAUGCUCGUAUAUAAAUAAAUAUAAUCGAUAUAAGUAAUUAUAUUAAAACAUACAUACUUACAUGCAUUCAUACCAUACUUGUAUGUAUAUCCAUUAACUUUAUAUAUAAACAUAUUAUUUUAUACAUACCUAUUAAAAAACAAAACAAAUAAACAUAAACAUAAACUAUAAUACUCAAAUCCUACUCCAUCUCCUUUAUAACUCAAAACUAUAGCCAAUUAAACAUUGAUUUGAUUUAGUUCAAAAAGUCAUAACUUUGGUUGAAUGUUUAGAACAAAAAUAUUAAAUAAACGAAUUUUGAGAAUAU